AUGGUGGGGCUGGGGGUCAAGCGGGGACAAGAUGGCAGUGACACCCAGCAGGAGGCUGCAGCGGUACCUGCUGCUCUUGGCCGUCACCUGCGGCGCCACCUUUGUCCCCUGGCCAGCCCAGGCUUUGCAGAGGUAGCCGGGGCUCCCGGCGCUGUCCCCCCUUUAUUCGCGGGCUCUGCUGAGGAGGGUGAGGGGCUUCGCUGCUUCUUCCUCUUCUGCUCUUCCUCCCUCCUCUUCCUCGAGCACCUCGAGCACUCGGCGCUCCCUCCCAACCUCAACAAUUCGGGAACCCCCCGAAUCCCAAAUAACCGAGUUUGGGGUCUGGGGGUGCCGCCCGCACCCACCUGGGGAUCCCCACCCGGGUGGGCUCGGGUUUGUCCUGCGGUGGGAUCGGGACUCACCGGGGGACCCGCGGGGAGCUGCUGCCAUCUAGAGCCGCCCUCCCGGAGCUCCCGAGGCUGGGAAUGCCUUUGGAAGCGGGGUUGGAUUCGGGGGGGAUCCCCAGCUCUGCGCUGCCCCCCCAGGAUCGCCCUGCGGAGGAUGCCAUCCAUCCGCCAGACCCUGCAGGACAUGGGGGUCAAGGUGCGGGACGUGUUCCCCGAGCUGCGCCGGGCCACGCGAGGAGGAGGAGGAGGAGGAGGAGGAGGAGGAGGAGGAGGGGACGGUCCCCGCAACGGGACAGCUCCCACCCUGCUCACCAACUACCUGGAUACUCAAUAUUUCGGCGAGAUCAGCAUCGGGACCCCCGCGCAGACCUUCAAGGUGGUUUUUGACACGGGCUCGGCCAACCUCUGGGUGCCGUCCUACAAGUGCUCCCCGCUCUACAGCGCCUGUGUGUCCCACAGCCGCUAUGACUCCUCCAAGUCGCGCACCUACAUCGCCAACGGCACCGGCUUCGCCAUCCGCUACGGCACCGGCAGCGUCAAAGGCGUCCUCAGCCAGGACAUCGUCAUGGUGUCGGACAUCCCGAUCAUCCAGGUGUUCGCCGAGGCCACGGCCCUGCCCGCCUUCCCCUUCAUCUUCGCCCGCUUUGACGGCGUGCUGGGCAUGGGCUACCCCAGCCAGGCCAUCGACGGCAUCACCCCCGUGUUCGAUCGCAUCCUGGCACAGCACAUCCUCAGCGAGGACUCGUUCUCUGUCUACUACAGCCGCGCUUCCAAGAACUCUGCCCUGAAACCCGGCGGGGAAAUCAUCCUGGGAGGCAGCGACCCAGCCUAUUACAGCGGCGACUUCCACUACGUGAACGUGAGCAGGAGCGGCUUCUGGCAGAUCAGCAUGAAGGGGGUGUCGGUGGGGGCCGAGCUGCUGUUCUGCAGGGAGGGCUGCUCGGUGGCCGUGGACACGGGCGCCUCGUUCAUCACCGGCCCCGCCGGGCCCGUGGCCGUGCUGAUGAAAGCCAUCGGCGCCAGCGAGGUGGCCGAAGGGGAGUUCGUGGUGGACUGCGAGCAGGUGCCUCAGCUGCCCAACAUCUCCUUCCACCUGGGAGGGAAGGUGUACAGCCUCGGCGGCCCCGCCUACGUCCUGCGGCAAUCCCAGUACGGGGAGGAUGUUUGCGUGGUGGCUUUUUCCGGGCUGGACAUCCCCCCUCCUGCCGGACCCCUCUGGAUCCUGGGCGCCACCUUCAUCAGGCACUACUACACCAAAUUCGACCGGCGCCACAACCGCAUCGGCUUCGCCACGGCCCGCUGAGGGUCCGGGGGGCCGGGAGGGACCGGGAGGGACCGGGAGGGACC